UUCCUCUUCUUUUUAAAGAAAGUGCUCUUUUGUUGGUGCACCCCUAAUCUGAAAGACUCUCCGCUACCCCUGUAAUGCAACAUCGAAAUCCGACACGAAUACUUAUCUGUAAAGUUUAUUCAUGCGAGCGAGGUAUUGUCAACAUUUCUAUUUAUUUUUCUCGACCUGGUCACGUUCAACUAGACUUGUUGACGCUGUAUGUUAUUACUUCCUCGUAGGCUGCUUCAUGUCGGUCUAUUCGAAACAGGGAGUCGACUUUUGAUAACUGUCAUACUUACUUAACUAAAGCAGGUUACAUCGCAUUUGGAAUGAGGAGAUUUCAAAGCAAGCGAAAUCGGGCACUUAAACAUUUGGCUGGAAUUGUGAUUCGAAAUACUCCUGUUUAAGUUUUCUUCGUUCUCACAAGUUAUACCAGUUUGAGCCAUUUAUAGAACGUCCUACGCUUUGAACAGGGUUUUAGUACACGAAAUAUUACCACGGACAGCAACCUUAGAAAUCCUAACCGAUUGUGUAUAGUUCAUUUAUUACUCAACUAAAUUUACAUCUAAACAACUCAUCCUGUACCUAAAGUAGGCAGUAAAUGACGUCAUUGACCUGCACUUAAAGGCCUACUGAUUGAUUAUACAAAUACAAACAAUGGAGCCUUUACCAUAUUUACAGGAAGUCGAGAUGAUUCAUCUUUCCAGAGACAUACCUCAUACUAGUUACUCAGAACUGUGCAUCGCCCUGGGGUACUCCCAUAAUCGAAAUCAAUCAAUUCUCUCAACUCAUCUAAAAGAUUACAAUGAGGCUAUGAAGGAUAUCCUGAUCAAGUGGAAUACUAAACAAGCAGAUACAAGCCAAUCACGAUCGAUCCUGGCGAGGAAGCUUCAUGAUGUGGAGCUUGGUGGAUUGGGGAAAAAAUUGUCCAAAGGUGAAUAUCUCUCAAAGCAGCAGGACCCACAUGAACAAGUCGAUGCGACUCCACUGCACAGUAGCUCAGAUAUCUACAGUAAGAAGAUCUCGCCAUCAUUGACUGUUCAGCGAUGUCGCGAAAAGUUGGAGAAUAAGUACCUUAAUCAAUUGUGCAAAAUUCAAAUGAAACCGUGGGAUCAAAGUGAUUAUGCUGAGUUCAAAGAUAUGCACACGGUCGUCACAAUGGUGAAGAAGGACGGUCGUGGAAAAGACAAGAAAAUGAAGGAAAAACUCCAGGGUUCUGUUGCUGAAAUAUUUUCGAAGAAAGUAAACGGAAGACUGCCAGCUCGAAUCCUCAUUUCGGCCCCAGCUGGACGAGGGAAGACUACGGCUGUUGCUAAGAUGGCUUACGACUGGGUUCACAGAGAAAAGGGGUCAGCAUUAGAACUACUGCCACUUCUGUUUGUUGUGAAAUUCCGAAACACAAGUCAGCGUACAUCGAUCGGAGAAGCAAUUAAAUCCCAGCUUUUGAGUGAUGUUGAUGAUCUCACACCAGAGGGUCUGGAGAGUUUCAUUAGAGAGAAUCAGGGAAUCUGUCACAUCAUACUAGACGGACUAGAUGAGUAUGCCGGUAUUUCUUCUUCAAACCGAAGCUUAGAGAGCAAUAUGGUCAAAGUCAUCCGCUGGGAGGAAUUUCCAGAGUGUCGGGUCCUUGUAACAACACGCCCUCACCUUGAGAACUUCUUCAAUCAAAAUGAUCUUUCAACGGUAUACACAAAGAUGUGGAUCGAAGGAUUCUCGCAAGAGAGCUCACGUGAGUACAUCAACAAGUUCUUUGCUUCGACAUCGAGUCCUGAUAGUGGGCAUGGUCUGAAGGUUUACCUUGAUGGCCAACCACUUAUUGAUGAACUUGCUAAAACACCUCUAUUUUGUCUCAUGGUCUGUCAUUUAUGGAGCGACGGGCGUUUGAACUCUGAAACUGCAACUCAAACAGAAUUAUUAGACAGCGUGAAUGAUUUUCUGAUGCACCAUGCCAAUGCCCGAGCAACAUCAACAGACAGCAUAACAGAAGAAGAACUAAUCGAAAUCAUUCGUAAACUGGGUAAGGUUGCUCUAGCUGGUCUACUCGACGACUCUAAAAAACUAGUCUUCACGCCCCAUGAUUUCCGAAGAGUUCCCUCUAUCCUUGAUAGGGCAUGCGAUCUUGGAAUAGUAUCCAAGAUAUCUGUUAUAACCACACGGCUCCAACGAUCUGACAAGAACACUGCCAUAACCAUUGAGUUUUAUCACAAACUCGCUCAAGAACACUCGGCUGGGAAAUACCUUGCUGCUAAAGCUAAAUCGAGAAAGCGUCAAUGGCCCUGGCAGACUUCCAAUUUAGACAGAGUAAUGCUCAAGAUCAACGCAAACAUCGGCGACUAUGAAAAUCUCAUCCGAUUCGCGGCUGGCACGGAUAACAGCCUCUGUAUACGAAUAAUGGAGGCGCUCCUUUCAAACAGUUAUUUGGAUGAGAGCGAACGAUAUCGCAUUAUUCUUGACUGCUCAUCAGAGACCAAGGGUACUGAAGAAAAUGUGUCUUCGUUUGUUGAAAGAUGCGUAACUGCACAGAGUAUUGUUCUAAAGUCACCGACUGUCUACACCGUCGUUGGGAUGCAAAAUCUUCCACAGCAAAUGAAACAUGAGGUAAGGACUAUAACGUUCGAGGGAUCUACUCUAACUACCGACGUGACGAGUGGACUAUGGUCAUGCCUCGGAUCAUUUUCGAUGCUACAUACUCUCACCAUCUCGGACUCCUCUCUUGUUUUCCCCCCAUCUGCUCCGGAGCUUCCAUCCGUCACAAAGCUAGCAGCCGAGAGAGUGACGUCACAAAGCUAUGAAGGUCUGAUCUCAUCGCUUCCUGGCUUGAGAGAUAUCGAUAUCACUAUCGAUGAUGCAGAGAGAGACAUAUCUCAGAUCACGGCUGGUCUUCGUCGGACCGGAGGACAGCAGCUCACACGCAUCGAGCUAACAGCACCAUCAUCACUCCCAUCAGAGAAAAACAGAGUAUCGAGAGAGACGGUGAGAGGACUGGGUCUUCUGAUCAGAGAUCAAACCAAGGAACUGCAGCGGCUUUGUCUGUCCGGAGUGAAGGGCUUGGGCGAAGAAGACUUGGUUGAACUUGUCGAGUCGUCAACUUUGAAAGCAUUGGAUAGUCUGCAUUUACAAUUUCUUGAUGGUAGAUGUUUCGAAUACGAUCGAGAAUCGGGUUUCCAGGUAAAGAAAUGUCGGCUAUCUACUGAGAUGACUGCCAGAAUGUGGUCCUGUCUCAGAUCCUUCACCUCUCUGAACCAUCUCAUCAUCUCAGACUCCUCUCUCAGUUUCCCUCCAUUUCCUCCUGAGCUUCAAUCAGUCACAAAGCUAUCAGCUGAGAGAGUGACGUCACAAAGCUAUGAAGGUCUGCUCUCAUCGAUACCUAGAGUUAGAGAUAUUGAUGUCUCUAUCGAUGUUGCAGAGACGAGCAACACCAUCGCAUCCAGGCCUAUGAAUCAGACUAGUGCUAGGGAUGAACAGUUCGUUGUUCAUAUUAGACUACACGCCUUGCCAGCACUCGGCGCAGACAGGAAGAUUAAAUCAGGAGAGUCAAUUGGAGGGCUUAGUCUUCUAUUUGAAGACCAAACCGAAAACCAACAGCGGCUGCAUGUGUCCGGGGGGAGGGGCAGAGACGAAGAAGCCUUGGUGGACCUGUUUGUCAAGACUAAACAACUAACGUACUUGAAUUUGGGUGGAGGUGAAUCUGUGAACAAAAAGAACACCGUUCAGAAUACUAGGCUUCAGAUAGAGCAAUGCCAGCUAUCUACUGAGAUGACAGAAAAGUUGUUGUCCUGCUUCAAAUCCUUCACCUCACUGAACCAUCUCACCAUCUCAGACUCCUCUCUCAGUUUCCCCCCAUCUCCUCCUGAGCUUCCAUCCGUCACAAAGCUAUCAGCCGAGAGAGUGACGUCACAAAGCUAUACAGGUCUGCUCUCAUCGCUUCACGGCUUGGAAGAGGUCGAUAUCUCUAUCGGAGAUGCAAGGACAGAAGACAUAUCUCAGAUCCAGACUAGUCUAAGUCGACUUCUGACAGGACAGGAUCUCACAAGCAUCGACCUUUCUUCUCUCCAAUCAGAGGAGAAUGUAUCAAGCAUUUCGAGAAUGACGAUGAGAGGACUGGGUCUUCUUAUCACAAAAUCUCAGGCGAUAUUGUCCGGAGUUGUUUUCGGACUCGAGGAUGCAGUGAUCGAUCUUGUCCAGUCUUCAACGCGUUUAAUGUCAGCUAGUCUGUAUGUUGAAGAGUUUUCUGGGUCGCUAAACUCAGCUAAACAUGUAUCAAAUAUUGACAUGUUGACUAUAAAGGACUGCCAGCUACCUACCGAGAUGACCGAGAAGUUGUGGUCCUGUCUCAGAUCCUUCACCUCACUGAACCAUCUCACCAUCUCAGACUCCUCUCUCAAUUUCCCUCCAUCUCCUCAUGAGCUUCCAUCCGUCACAGAGCUAUCAGCCGAGAGAAUCACGGCUGGUCUUCGUCGGACCGGAGGACAGCAGCUCACACACAUCACCCUUGCAGCACCGUCAUCACUCCCAUCAGAGAAGCAGAGUGUAUCGAACGAGACGAUGAGAGGACUGGGUCUUCUGAUCAGAGAACAAACCAAGAACCUGCAGUGGCUUUGUCUAUCCAGAGUGAAGGGCACGGACCAGGGAGACUUGGUUGAACUCGUCGAGUGUUGCAAACAUGUGGAGACGAUGAAUCAUCUAAUGCUUCUUGGCUGUGGGACAAAGUCAGACGGUAGACUAAGACAUCACAUCACUGGUCUUAACAAGUCAGAGAAGUCACUCAGGGUGAUUGCCUUGCAUCUUCCAUCUGUCACAGAGCUAUCAGCUGAGAGUGUGACGUCACAAAGCUAUGAAGGUCUGCUUUCAACGCUCCCCAGCCUAAGAGAUAUCGAUAUCACUUUCGAUGAUGCAGAGAGAGACAUACCUCAGAUCACGGCUGGUCUUCGUCGGACCGGAGGACAGCAGCUCACACGCAUCGACCUUACAGCACCGCACUCACUCCCAUCAGAGAAGAAGAGUGUAUCGAGAGAGACGAUGAGAGGACUGGGUCGUCUGAUCAGAGAACAAACCAAGAACCUACAGUGGCUGCGUCUAACCAGAGUGAAGGGCUCGGACGAGGGAGACUUGGUUGAACUCGUGGAGUGUUGCAAACAUGUGGAGACGAUGAAUCAUCUAAUGCUUCUUGGCUGUGGGACAAAGUCAGACGGUAGACUAAGACUUCACAUCACUGGUCUUAACAAGUUAAAUAAGUCACUCAGGGUGAUUGCCUUGCAUAUCACGGCUGGUCUUCGUCGGACCGGAGGACAUCAGCUCACACGCAUCAAGCUUACAGCACCGCCAUCACUCCCAUCCGAGAAGCAGAGUGUAUCGAGAGAGACGAUGAGAGGACUGGGUCUUCUGAUCAGAGAACAAACCAAGAACCUGCAGUGGCUUUGUCUAUCCAGAGUAAAGGGCACGGACGAGGGAGACUUGGUUGAACUCGUCGAGUGUUGCAAACAUGUGGAGACGAUGAAUCAUGUAAUGUGA